UUGUGUGUUUUGUGGGGAUAAAAAUGUUACAAUUUAGCUGAAAAUACACUAAUUUCGUUUAUAAUUGUUGCUGUAUAGUACAGAAAAUAUUCGUAGUUGCCUUUAGAAGAGAUAUGAAUUGCAUUUAAUCAACUUGUUGUUAGAAAAUCUCAAUAAUCUAGUAACUUUUGAUGAAUAUAACCUGAAAAAAAAUGGAACAACAGGCUGUUUUUGAGGAAAAUUUGCCAAAAUUGAUAAAAUCACUGACUGGAUUUAAUGAGAACGAUAAGAAUUAUCGGCUCUGCAGGGAUUUUGCUCGCUCCCGGAUUCGGGGAGUGAAUUCGAACUUUGUCAGCACAAAUGAGGUGAAAAGGAAGAUCCUGAGCAUCGCUGAGAGACUGGAUGUGGAGAAUCUAGGACAAUGUGCUGACAUGGUGAAGGAGACUUCCAAGAUUUUGAUCGAAAAUGAUGGUCAGGAGCACAAUGAUUCUCACGAAAACUGGAAGAUUUUGGAUCUCAUUCUGACUCUGUCCAAGAAUCCCAUCGAAGGAGCCAAGAAAAUGAGAAGCGCGAGCAAAGUGGAACUCGCGGUGGAGGAAAAACCCGUGGAAUUGGUGAAUCCAGAGAAAUCACUGGCAGAAAAGGCGACUGAAGUGAGGAAUGCUGACGAUACGGAGGAUGAAUUGAGCGAAUGGAGUGAAUCAGAAGAGGAAGUGGAAAAUCCUGCUGAAGAAACAGAUGGAAAGGAUCUCAAGAUGUUCCUCCGAUAUCUGCCGGGCGAUGAACCGGCUCAGCAUAGAGAAUCUGCAGAGACUUCAGACUCUGAGACUGAGGAAUCAUCGAUGUCAGCAAGUCUCUCAGAUCGCGUCCCUUUCUCGCUGCUUCACUGUCCAAUUCGCGAAGUGAUCUGGAUGUUUUUCCAUCCGGACAACUGCAAUUUCUACUGCAUCGCGAAUGACACGGUGAAAUUGAGAGAAGACGCGGAUCUCUCGAAUGUCAUCGUGUUCAGGAAAUUCAUGGCUGACUUCACUGAGCCCAUGACGAUUGUUCUGCGCCUGAGAACCUUCUGUCGGCGCGUUCUGAAUGCCGAAGAUGCUCCGCCUCAAGUCUAUUUCAUUUAUGCGGAGGCACUGAAAGAUCUGCUGCACCCAAUGGAAGAGUAUCUCUUGGAAGCGGAGAAGAAAAUCACCCCGGAAACCAUGCAUGAGCCUGAAACUCUCCUCAACUUCUGUUAUGGCCUCGAGCCACACUUGCAAAUAAUCAAAUCCGUCGCGAAGAUCCACGCGAGCAUCGCGCUGGAGUGGAAAUAUUAUCCACGUUAUAUCUGCAGUGCCUUCAUGCAGGCCAAGAUCUUCCACAUCGUCCAGAAUGGUCUCAAUAGAGUGCAGAAGAAUGUGGCUGCAUCCCUUUUCACCUGCGUCAUUCAGUUCUAUCUGCAGACAAUCAACUCUUGGUGGUCAUUUGGGAAGAUCUUUGAUGAGCAGAAGCAGUUCAUCGUCAAGGACAUCAGUGCUGAGGGCGGAGUUGUGUUCAGGUCAUUUCAGCUGAAUCAGCAGAGCAAGAACACUCAGCAGGAGCGGGAAAUUAACGAACUUCUGUCCACAUGUCCAAUUCUGCAGCUCCUGAAGACGCAAUGUGAGAAAAUCGAGGAGAGACUUGAUGCCAUUCAUACUCUGUCGCGUGCUGGGAAUUUCAAAAUGAGAACCACAAACUCGCUUUGUCAGGACUUCUUGAAGAAGUUUCUGGAGGCAAUUGAGGAUUAUCUCUCGCCUGAGAGUGUCAAGACUGCCCAAUCAUCGCCCGUGAGUGGAGAAUAUGAAGACUUCCGGAAGAAAACAUUGGAGAAAGGCGGAAAACUAUUGCUGGAGAUCUUUGAGAAAUCUACUUGUAAAUUCAACAGCAAUCAAGCAACUGUGAAUCUUGUGCUGAGGAAUUUGAUGGAGAGAAGUCAGGGAAUAUUGCCACUGGAGAGAAUGAUUAUGGAAGCCCUCAAUGACACGCUGAAUGUUGAGAUUCAGGCGUCGGACAAAGUGAUGGUGGAUAUUUACACCAAAGAGCUGAAUUUACUCCAUCACUUUCGUAUCAUCCGGAAUGUUUUCCUCCUCGAGGACAGCUCGACGAUGUUCACAUUUUAUACGGAUCUCUUUGAGAAUAUCGAGACACGUCCGGGGAAUAUUCAUCCGCUCUCUCUCACAUUCAACCUUCGGAAUGUCCUCUCGACUAAAUAUCCAGAGGAUCAUGGCAAUUUCUGCAUCGAUGUGGCGUCUCUGCGCGAUUGCAAGAGUGGCACGGUGUUGGAGGUGAUUCGGCAGAUUUCCCUGAUCUACAAGAUGACAUCCGACAUGUCCAGAGUGUUUGAUGAGACUUCCAUGCGGAGCUACAAUCGUCUCUUUGUCUUCUUGCUGAGCAUCAAGUGGAGUGUGUGGACGCUGGAGAGUCUGAAGUUCACUAAGAGCUUCUCCAUGGCCUCGCCGUAUGCUGUGCUGACGAAGAAGCUGCGCAACAAUCGUCGUCUGGCCAUCAUUCGCUCCUGGAUUCUCUAUGCGCUCAACAACAUUCACUAUCAUCUCAUGAGUGAAGCCUUGGAGCACCACGGACAUGCCAUUGAGCAGCAAAUUGCCACGGCACAGAGUCUGCAGCAGAUCACAACUGCCCAUCAUGACUACUUGGAGACACUCUUGGAGCACUGCUUCCAGAAGCGCGACGGCGAGAAAAUCCUCACGGGCGUCAAUCAACUGAUUUAUCUCGUACAAGUCGUGCGCAGCGAGUGGCUGGCCAUCGAUAAGGAGGACUUCGAAAGCGAUACUGAGGAGGAUUCAUUCGAGAUUCAGCCGCAAAUUGAUCAGAUUGAGAAGACUUACGUGGAGUGCCAUCGAUUUCUCAGCGAAACACUAAAUCAGGAAGUGGCCAUCAAUGGGAAAACCUACCUUAGUGGUCUUGUGUCAGCGUUCGAUCGUCGACUUCCUUAUUGAGUUUACUUACGAGCAUUAUUAACCAUUAUUCGUUAACAUCGUUAACAUCAUUAACGCGAUACAUUCUAUUUUUUAUUGUAUUAAUCCUCUAACAUGUUUUGCAACUUUUCUAUGAUCCCAAUGAGAUAAAAUAAAUGUUUGUAGUUUUGGUUAUAAAAUAAA